GCAGCACAGAACCUGGGCUCCACUGCGAAAAAAGGAACAAAAUUCUCAGUUUGCACCGAAAGGUUUUCUCAGGCGGACGCGAGAAUACGGGAGUCCUCGUUGGCGGAUUUGUUGUGGUUUUGUUUUUUUGUUGUUUGUUUGGAGCAGGACGGUUCCCGGGAAAGCUCGCGGGUUGAGAGAUUCGUGGCAGGGUGACGUUUCGAAAGCGUGCGGUUCGGUCCAGCUGUAGCGGUCACCCCGUGCGCUCCUCACCGGAGCGAUUCCAGCAACUGGGAGCUUCCGGACCCGGGGUCACCCUGUGUAUCGGGGCCGCAGGCCAAGUCCACACCCGCGAGACCAAAUCUGCGCCCAAAAUCUGCCUCCGUACCGGCCGCGGUCCACGGUGAAGAUUCUUCCCCCCCUGGGGAGGGAGCGCCCGCUCCUGCCUCACCCGCGCGCCUCUCGCGGUCAUCUCAUGAAUUAAUAAAUUAUCGAGACCUGUCUCGCGCGCGGUUUCGUGGCCCCGAACUCCGCGCUCGUUUUCCCCUCGUUCCCCCCCGUCGGCUGGAGACACGGAACACGAAGUCUCUGGACGACGCAGAAGGAGAAAAGAUAAAUAAAGUGAUCCGAAAGAGAAUCGCCGAGGCGAACGAAGCGCUGCAGCGGGAAGAAGAAGAACAAGAAGAAAGUCCGGUAAAGCAAGAAGAAGUAGCAUGAAAAAUGAUGCAAUUAUAUAAUUAAGAAGUUUGAAAUAUUUUUGUCUGUGUGUGAUGUGAAGCGAAGCAAAAAGAGUCGUGUUUGUUGGUGGAGUCCUUUUUUUUCGGGGCAGAUCUUCUCAGGUUUCGCUGGCGGAAUCGCGGUGCUUUACCUACAUCGAAGAACCUCAGGGGAAGAAACGUAUUCCCCGUGCGAUUAAGAUCGAUAUCGCGCGCGCUCUUAAGCAGCGCGGCCUCCACGUGGGCUCCAACAUGGCGCCAAACGAGUCGGGCAGACAACUGCAACUGGCGGUUUUGGCUGCGGCGGUGGUUUGUUGUUGUUUACAGCUGACCGGUGCAGUAGGCGCUGAAACUACGGUGCCGUCGGAAGUUGUGCGAAAUGGCGAGGACGGGCGCAGGAAUAGUAGCGGAACGGUGACGUCGUCAGCGACGGCGGUGCCAGCGGAGUCCGGUGCUGACCGGGUUCAGUUGAAGCAGUGUCGGGAGAAUUGCUUGAAGAAGCACUCCACAAAGGAAUCACUUUGCGCCCAACGCAGGGACUGCUCUCUGUGCCAAUCGAAAUGUUCCUCCAGCUCCUCGCCACACCCCGCCGGCACCCUCACCCUAGUCCUGCUCCAGAUGAUCCGGAACGACUCCCUCGUAACGGCGGACGUGGCCUGGGUCUCGAUCGUGACCAACCCAACCGCCAAAUCUCCUCCCUCCCAGCAGCAACAGCAACACCAAUGCCUCGUCACGUGGGAGGUUUCCGGUGGUGGCCUGAUGGGCAACCUCCUGACCGAAUCCUCCAGCGUGCAGCUGUCCCUGUGGCCGGAAACCAACUACCGCGUGCAGGUCACCUGUCGGAACAAGAACACCGACUCCCUCAUCCGGUCGGCCCCCAUCAUCCUAAACACUUCGGGUGCCACAAUCGUAACAACAACAACAACGCCGUCCAGCAGUUCAGAACCAUCAACUCCACAACUUGAACCUGGCCCCGCAUCCAGAAAUCCGGCUCUGACAACAAUGUGGCCAAUAACGCGCCAAAGCCAGCAGGACAUCAUUCUACUGGGGGUGUUUGUGGCCGCGCUGACCUUCCUGCUGAUCCUCCUCACGGUGGUCAUCUUCGUCAAGCGGAAACGACUCACCGGAGCUGGCGUUGAGGCGGACAAGGAAGUCCUCGUGGAAGGGGACAGCAGCGGGGACGAGGGCACGAUGGUGGAGAUUUUGCACGUUUAAUGUGUUCUGAGCGCGGGGAGAAAUGGGAGAGUGUUCAAAGUCAAUAGAAGAUAAGCAAUAGUAGUGUAAGGUUAAGGAGAGAUUUUAUUAUAACUUCAAGAGAUGUAAAUAGUUACUAACAAAUAAUGCUCAAAUUUACUUAAUAGAUGAGGUAGCUUCAAAAAAAAAUAAACUUAACAAAAAAGCUUCGAUUACUAUCGAAAAACGCGAUUCGUCGAUGGCAGCGGAAGAUUCCCUCGAAUCUCGCGUCUGAUUUAUGAAGUUGAUGUCCGACGUCGUUUUCUCCGCCGUCGUUCAAGGUCGAAGAAUCGGCAGACUCUGGAGUUUGGUUGCCCAACACAGAAGCCUCCGAAGAGUGGACGGACGCGCAGGCAGGGGCAAAACUAAUCAAGAUUCGAUAAUUUACAUAAUUUAUUACAAUUUUAUUCAAUUAUUAUCUGAUUUGAUCGUUGUUUUUUGCUCUUUCUUCUUCGCUCUCUUCGAGCGUCAUCGCGCUAUCUCUCUCUCACUUGAUUUGUGUGUGUUCUUUGCUUUUGUUUUUCUCCCCCUUUUCUCAUUCUUUCUCUUCGGAACAUGGUUCGUUCGAAGACUUGGCGUGCACUAUUAAGAUGUCUUCUUCCUCCUCUCCUCCUUGGUCAUCUUUCAGACGGGGACUGCUGCUGCCUCGAAGCAGUACAGGUUCCUCCACGGUCCACGUCUUCCGAUCUGCUUCUUAUGCCCUAUUAUAGACGAAUAAUUUUAUCAUAAUUUGGUGAUUUCGACCUCUAAUUGAAGAGAAUCGACAGAACGCGAAGAGCAUCUCCAGUGUGUGUGUGUUUGCUUGUGGUUUAACACAAUUAUCUGAAUUUACACAUUUUUCUCCGAUUAUUGCGUUUCGGGCGAAAUUGGUAAUUUUCGACCAGAUUUAAACUAUCGUUUUUGUGUACGUUCUCAGCAAUUAUGGUGGGUUAGUCUUGCACCCUUUUUUGUUUCAGAAUUUGUUGAGCAUCAAAUUUUAUCUCAGAAAAUGUGAAAACAGUUUAAAAAGCAUUAUUCCUGAUUUUCGGUUCAAAGAUCGGAAAUCACUCUAUCAUCGCCGAACAAAUCUUUGCCGA